AUGGGAACAAGUUCGUCUUGCCAUAUAGCGGACGACGAGACAGCCUCCGGAGUCAUGUCCACGGUCGCCUCCCGAGUUGCCGACUCCACGGUCGCCUCCCGAGUUGCCGACAUCUGCGAAAUGAUCGACCAGUUAGUCGCUGGUACAACCCUGAGCGCCAGGCGAAUUGCCGCCAUCUCCGCCAUGAUCGACGAGGUCGCCCAGGGAAGGAGGAGGAGGACGACGAGGAAGCGGCGCAUGGGCAACUCUCGCUGCUAUGAGCAGGUGAGCACGCUCGGCGAGGGCACGUAUGGCGUCGUCGUCAAGGCGCGCCACCGCGCCACCGGCCAGACCGUCGCUCUGAAGACUCUCCGCAGCUCGCCCAGCCAAGAAUCGGUCGGCGAGCUCCUUCGGGAGGCCUGCUUCAUGGCGGCCUGCAGCGGCCACGCCUCCCUGGUUGCUCUGCGUGGCCUCGUGCGCACACCCAGCACCAACGGAUGUAGGGACUACUACCUCGUCAUGGAAUACGUCGGGCCCAACCUCCGCCAGGUCUUCCAUGAGCGCAUCCAACGCGGUGACCGGCCGUUCCCAGAGGCUGACGUGCGCUGCAUCGUGCGGCAGCUGCUAGCCGGCGCGGAGACGAUGCACAGGAACGGCGUCGUGCACCGCGACAUCAAGCCGGAAAACAUCCUCGUCGUCCAGGACGGCAGCGGCGCCGGCAACGUCGUCAAGAUUGGCGACUACGGGCUGGCGCUCUCCACGGACGAGCAGGAAGACGGCACGGCCGGAACGAGGUACUACAUGGCGCCGGAGGUGCUGCUCGAGAAACCGGACCGCGACACGCUCGUCGACCUCUGGUCCAUCGGCUGCGUGAUGGCGGAGCUCCUCACCGGGAAGACGCUGUUCGACGGGGACGACGAAGCCGACCAGCUCCACAAGAUCUUCGACCUGCUCGGCGUGCCAGACGACAGAGCGUUUUGGUUCGCCUUGAACUCGCCGCUCCUCGGAGAGGAGGUGCAGCUAUGGCAAGCGCGGCAACGGUCCGCUGCUGGACCCGAGAACCGGCUGCGCGAGCUGUUCCCCGAGGCGCUGCUAUCCAAGGAAGGGUUCGAGGUCCUCCAGGGGCUCCUCACGUGCAAUCCCCAAAGGCGGCUGGAUGCGGCCGCCGCGCUCCGACUUCCGUGGUUCGCUGACACCGACAGCAUGCCUGUCGCCGCUGUCCCGGAGACCGGCGCCCUGACGCCAAGGCCCCGAAGCUGA